UUGUCUGGUUAAGAGUUCAGCGAUCUAACCGACUGAAUUUUCAGCGGAUUUUUCCUGAAAUUUCUUACAUAACGCUGCACUUGAAGCGCUUGGAACUAUUCGCAAGGCGGCUGUGAACGGUGAUGGGUCGCGAUUUUUGCACUUUCUAAAAAUGUGAUUUUGUGUGUCUAAGGUCAAGAAGGUGAACAGUGUGACUUGUGACACCGAUUGUGAUUUUUUUUUGGAAAAAAUUUGAAUUUCCCGCCGCUGGUGUUGAGAUGUGAACGAUGGGUAAUUCGCUGGGGAGCGAUGGCGAGGAAAAUGGCCGCGAAGGCGGGAAUAGAGUGUGGUUUUUUUUGCACCGAACUUGGACUCUGGUUGUGGCCGAAAAAUGGAAGAGAAAUAGAAGAAGUGAAGUGGUCAGUGAUUUUGACUCGCAGUGUUCGCAGUAUUCGUUUUGUAGUUGCGAGCAGUGCCAAAGGGAUGAUGGGUUCAGCAGCGGGUGCGACAGCGAAUUGUUCGGUUCUGGAAGCAGCAUGGCUCCGAAUUCGGAAGAGUCGGCUCGGAUCGGACAGUUUCCCUUCGGCGAAGAGGCCAUCAAUAAGGAAAAACAACGACCACCCAUCUACAACCCUGAAGAUUACGUCCUGUCUUUGAAAAAAUGGGGCCGAAAACCGACCAAUGGCAACUCGGUUUCGCUCUACCCAACUCCAAGCAGCUCGGAUUCCGACUGCAGCAGGUCUCAGAGCAGCUCGUUUCGAGACUAUAGGAACCCUAUGCUCAUAUCAUCAGGGUCUGAGAUGACCUUGAGGCAAUUCGGGACCGUUGGCGAGCUUUUGGCCAAGCUCAAGUCCGACCUGAGACUGGCAUAUCCCAGCUUCGUCCAAGAAUUCGUCGCCGAUCCACUCGACGGAAUCACUCUCCUCCUUGACUUGCUCCGAGCAAUUCAAUUGAGUCAGUCGAGUGGCACCACCACCACGGGCAAAAUCCCUCCAUCCCUCCAGCGGCGCGCCCUCCUCGACGAGCUCUCCUGCCUCCAAUGCCUCCUGCUCUGCUGUCAAAGAUACAACGAAGCGGUCCGAAAACUCACAUCUUCCUCAGCCGGGCUUUUCACUCUAGCCAUUUGCAUUAUGAGCAAUGUGACGAAAUCGCGAAUUCUGGCCCUUCAGUUACUGACCAAGGCCUGUAAUAACGGCCACAGCGCGGUCUCCGAAGCCCUAGCCACGCUCAGGCUUAGGUUUGGGGAGCCGGUCAGGUUUAGGUUUCUGGUGGGCAUGCUCAUGUCGGCAGGGGGGCAAGGCGAGCUGCUAGUGGCCGGGAUGAAAUUCCUGAAUACGUUCCUGGACACGUCCGGGACCAUGCAAAAGAGGAUUUAUAUCCAAGCCGAGUUGGAACAGGCAGGUUUUGAUAUCGCAACGAUCAAAAAACAAAUUAGUAUUAAUUCAGCCUCGACUGAGCAACUUUUCGAGGAGUUGGAUCAUUGGGAGAAGAAGUUUCUCGAUGUUGAAAGUCUCUCAAUCAGGCUUGAGAACACGGAACGUGAAAAUGACUCGUUGAGGGAUAAAGUGUUGUUGUUGGAACGACGAGUUCAGAUUCUUUUGGAGGAAAAAGGGAUUUUGAUUUCGCUCGAGCAGUGUCUGAAAGAACGCUGCAGUGAAUUGCAAGAGGAAGUCCAUUCGUUGAAGUCCGAAAAGUCGCAAAAGAACUCCUCGUGUGGAAGUUCGAAGAAGAAAGAAGACUCUCCCCAUGAAGACGAGGGCAUUUCUUCAUCCGAGAGAAGCCUCACGCCUGACGAAGUCCUCCAGCGCGAAUCCUCCGUCUACGAGCUGUACAACGUCCAAAACCCCAUGAUGAAGAAACCGUCAAAAAUCGAAGAAGAAGACGAAACAACCAUCGACGAAGUGAUCGAAGAGUUACGGAACAUAAUAAACGACGCGGAAACCGAGACCUACCGAACGGAAGAAAAGAAGAAACUCGAACGCAAAAAAAUUGAAGAAGCACAAGUCGCCAGCAAAAUCCAAAUGACGGUGGCCAUCGACGACUUCAGCAAAGAAAUAGAAAUAGUCCCUUCGAACCUCCACCCCCAGCCCCCUCGACGCACCAAAAGCCUCGUCCACUUAUUUAUCCCAGCUGAAGAUUACGAUUACGGAAACAAGGAAUUAUUUUUCGAAAACGAAACACCGUACACUAGUGAAGAAGGCUCCGAUUCGCUCCUAAGUGCCUCCAAGUACCAACUACCACGGGUGGAAAAGGGGCGCAAGCCCGUCCACCGGUCGGAGUCCUUCAGACAAGCCAAGCAGCCCCAAAACCCCGUCUCGAAACAGAACAGCUUCGACGGGGGUUAUUUCAGCGUGGGGGUGGUCACCGAAGACUCGAAAAAAAUCAAGUCGAAGAGUUUGGACCGAAUCGACGACGGUUUAGAGACUUUGGUUGAUAUUGUGGUCACAGCAGAACACGAAGUCCCCAAGCCCGAGUCGCUCCUGAACCACCAGAAGAAGUUCAGUGAUGAGAAAAUGAAGAUGUUUUUGCCCAAGCGCGACAAUGACGUGCUUUAUUACUUCCCGAGGAUACAAGAGCGGAAAAAUAACACGUUCCUGGCGCGGGGCCACAACGCCGGGUUGUACUCGGGGCAAGUGACAAGACAAAACUCGGUGAAGAAACCGGAGUUCGUCUCGGGGAAUAACCGGGGGAAAGUGACGGAUUUACCGUCGGGACUUUACUGAUUUAGUGUAAAUAAUUAUUUAUCUGUGCAAUAUUAGAGUACACGAGGUUAGGGUUUGAGGGGGCACUUGGGCCGUUCUUGGCGAGAACGGGCCCCAAGUGGCGGAAUGUACAAAAAGGGGUAGAUUAUGAUCUCGAGUGUCUAUAUUUUAAUAAAAUGGUUCUCAAA